AUGGGAUGCUGCUUUUCGUCAGAUCAAGAAGAUCGCUCAAAAAAACCAUUAGUAAAAGGCGACCCAAGUAGCAUAAUGACUCAAUAUUCUUCUACCUCACAGCUAACCCCUGACGACUUUAAAGCCGUUAAAGUCCUAGGCAAAGGAUCAUUCGGCAAAGUUCUCCUCGUAAUAAAAAAAGGCACAGAAAACUAUUACGCAAUGAAAAUCUUAAAGAAAAAAGCUAUAGAAGCCCGGAAGCAGCGCACACAUACAUUAAAUGAGAAAAGGAUAAUGCAAAAAUCAAAUUGCCCUUUUAUUGUCCAAUUGAAAUAUUCAUUUCAAACAAAAGAUAAGCUAUAUAUGGUCAUGGAAUUUAUGAAAGGUGGAGAACUUUUCUUUCAUCUGAAAAAAAGUGGGAAAUUUACUAAUACCCCCCUUGGUGAGUAGGAAAAUCCUAUUUUUAGGAAAUAUCAAUUUAAAAUAUUUAUUUAAGGCCCCUUUAUAAUUAAUAAUCAAUAAUUAUUAAAUUAUGGAUCAUCAAGAGAUAAUAAAUCCCUGUAAAAAAAUUUUUUUACAUAGGAAAGAGUGAGGAAAGGGCAAGGUUUUAUGCAGCAGAAAUUUUAUUGGCAUUCGAGUAUUUGCAUAAUAUUGGAGUUAUUUAUCGAGAUUUAAAGCCAGAAAAUAUAUAGUGAAUUGCUAUGUAAAUAGGAAUUGGUUUAUAAAUUUAAUUAAUUUUCAGCAGAAAUGGCAUACUAAUUGAUGACGAUGGCCACAUAAAAAUCACUGAUUUUGGGCUGAGUAAGCUUGGAAUCUCAGAGUCAAACCCUAAAGCAUUCACAUUUUGUGGGACACCAGAAUAUCUAGCUCCUGAAAUCCUCAAAAACCAAGGCCACGACAAAAAGGUUGAUUUCUGAAGCUUAGGCGCUGUUUUAUAUGAAAUGAUUUCAGGAGCUCCACCUUUUUAUUCAAAAAACCGCAACGAAAUGUAUAAAAACGUGCUAAAUAAGCCAGUAGAAAUGAAGCCAAAUUUUUCGAAUGAGCUCAGCGAUUUUUUAACGAAACUUUUACAAAUUAUUCCAGAAAAAAGGCUUUCUGAUAUGGCAGAAAUCAAAAAACAUCAGUUUUUUCAUGGGCUGGACUGGGAAGCAUUAUCGAAAAAGCGAAUAGAGCCUCCAUUUAAGCCAAGAAUUUCAAGCAGCACAGAUUUGAGGAAUUUUGAUCCACAGUUUACGACAGAGCCUAUAGUAGAAUCUUGUGAUUCCACAGUAUCUCAAGAUGGGCUUAUAAAUCCAUACCCAGAUUUCACCUAUAUAGGGCACGAUGAUAUUUUAAGCACUGAAGAAUAA